AUGAUCAUGAGUUCAGGAAAGCACUUGUUUGUUUUAAUCCACGGAUUAUGGGGUAAUCACAAGCACAUGAAGUCCUUGAACCAGGCAUUUGAAAAUGUCUGUGGUCAAGACAAAAACUGCGUAUUCUUUGCACCAACGCAAAAUGCCUUGUUCAAGACGUUCGAUGGAAUUGAGAUUGUUGGGUACAGAACUUUAAUAGAGAUAUGCCAGUAUAUCAAAGAGUUCAAAGAGGGGCAAAUAACGAAGAUCAGCAUCGUUGGAUAUUCCAUGGGUGGGCUUAUUGCGAGGUUCGUUAUUGGGAAGAUGUUCACGGAAUUUGAACAGAUCUUCAAAGGUAUCGAACCACACUUGUUCCUUACUUUUGCAAGCCCUCAUUUGGGUGUGCAGUUUUAUAACCCCAAUAAAUCAACAUUUAAAUGCUUGCUGCAGCCUAUUCUACGAGGUGUCGGAUCAAACAUAUUGGGCAAAAGUGGUAGGGAACUUUUCAUUACCAAUAAGUUCAAUGACAUCCUGGUCAAAUUAUCGGAAGGCGAAUAUCUGGAAAACCUCUCAAGAUUCAAAUGGAGAAUAAUCUUUGCAAAUGUGAAAAAUGAUAGAACAGUAGCCUUUUAUACAGCGUAUAUUACAGAUUGUGACCCAUUCAUAUCGACAGAGAAUAAUGUGAAGUAUUUUUUUGAACAGAAGAUUCCCGGAGCAAACUACAGUAGGGCGCCUCCCCGAAUUAUUGAUAUCGACGAGUUGGAUAUAACGAUCAAAAGACCGGUAUUCCACAGACCAAGGCAAUAUAUCAGGUGGAUUAAGAUCAUACCAUUAAUUGCUCUAUUUGUUUGUUUUGCUCUUCCAAUAAUGUUUUGUCUCAAUUUUCUGGCAAGCAUAUAUAGUACAGUAGUCACAAAAAAAUACAGGGUUACUUUACCGGACGGGAGUACUUCUUCUAUCAAUUACAGAGAAUUAGGAUAUGAUGACACUUUGAAGGAGUAUUUUUCCGAUUUUUAUGGCUCUGUACUAAAUGAGGAGGAUGAUGACGAUGAUGGCGUCAAUAUUCCAGAAACCGAUGGUGUGAGUGAAGAACAAGCACAACUGCAUAUGACAUGGAAAGAAUUCACAGAUAAAUAUUCCAGUAACUGGCAUAAGGAGAAGAAAUUUCCGAGAUUACCAUUCGAUGAAAAAAGAGCUACUAUAUUGAAAAAUUUGAAUAGUCUAAGCUGGAUUAAAAUUCCGGUCUAUAUAAAGAGUACAAAUGCGCAUGGUGGCAUUGUCGCUAGAAGAGGCUUAGAUGAAAAUGCCGCUUCAACAAGUGUUGCAUGCGUUGAGUUUGCGGCUCAAUUGGUACAAUACCUAUUAAAGACUUGUAACUAG